GGCAAAGCACAGCUCCCAUGGCGAUGAUGAUUAAUCCAGUUCCCAUAUCGCCGCACAGAUAUCAGGCGCAAGAUUUGGAAGUCGCCUCCAAUGGAGAUCACGACAGCAGUGACAAUGACGAUUCUGAAUCCUCGGAGACACCACCCCGCAUGGACCGCGGCCUGGACAAGGAGGAAACAAUGGCAUACGUGCAUCCGGACGACAGUAUGCAUCAGCAUUGGUAUGAGACAACGACCCGGCUUCGAUGCGUUUUCUAUGUGUUUUUCUCAUUGGCCGUGAUCGUGGCGAUAGCAAUGGGCGCCACCACGGAGAUUUUCUUUUCACUCAUGGCGACCCCACCAGAUGCAGGCCUUUCUUUUGGAGUUGUCGUCGCCGUCGUGUCUGUGCCCCUCUUUCUUUUGGCCACCGCAGUGUAUGUGGAUGAAUGCGUUGAUGUUGGGUUGGAUGCUGCAGAUAGACCAUGCUUUGGCUUGUGGAGGGCUACAAUCACUGUCGCCUUGAAGGCGGUGAACCCAAAGGUUCACACGGACCACGUUGAAAAAGUCUUAAUUUUUAUGAUUGAAGGGAUUCCCAUCAUUUUCGCCACCAUCACCAUUGCAAUGAGCACUUCGUUAACCUACUGGUACAAGGAUAUGUUUCGUGGUUAUUGCCUCGGCGGCUUGAUCUUUGCGCUUGUGGUGUGUGUUCUCUACAUUGGAUGCCAUGUUUUCGUGGGCCACAAUCCAAAGCGAGAUGACCUGAUGGCAUGCACAUAUCAUGCUAUGCGUCCUUUGGGCGUAUUCAAACGUGUGGUGCGUUGCCCGGUGGACCAGGCAGAAGAAAAACAACCUCACUGGGGCAGGUGUGUGAUCUAUUUUUUCGGUGGCCUGAUCAUAGAGGUUCUAGUGUUGGUGAUCUUCGUGAUUUUCCACAAUUUCCAUUGUGCCAGCCGGCUGCACUUGAGCCAUGACCUUUGCCCACUGGUUCCACGAGGAGAUGAAGUAGGAUUUCUGGCCAAAGUUGUUUGCAUUGUGUGGGUCAUUGUGGAUCUUUGGCACUUUGGUUUGACACAGUCGCAACGUCAUGCACACUGCAGGUCUUUAUUGGACAGCACCCCGGUAGCACUGCUGGAGAAUGCUCUGUGCGUCCAGUUACUGGCCACAAUCUUGUGGGCCAUGGCGGUCCGAAACUAUGCCCCGCGACUUUUGGGCAAGGCCUUUUGGUGUACCUUCGUGUUCCGCGGCAGCAGCUGUGUCAUGGGCGGCUCUGAAAUGGGGAAAUCAUGGUGUAUCAUAUCCCUGAAACUGCUGAAUUCGAAGAAUUGA